AUGAGCGGUCGGUUUGAAGACCAUUAUAAGAAGUAUACCACCGUUGAAGAUCGGAAAAGGGUUCAGAACAAUCGUGUGGCGGGCAUAAGCGACUUCCUUGCUUGGGCUAAGGACGCAAAAGAAGUGGAUGUCGAUACAGCGACUGGUGAGCUUCAGGCUGGUCGAUUGUAUUACCUCUGA